AUGAAAUAUAAAGUUUCAUUGGCAAGAAGAAUUGCUGAUAAUGUACGUGGCAGUAAACAAAUGAUGGAAAGCCCAAUUAAUCUAAGAAGGCAAGCAUUUCUGUAUUCCGUUCCUGCAUUGAUGAUAACAAGCCAUUUUGGCGGGCCAUCGCUGUUUGUGCUUUCGAUUCUAUCGUCCAUGGCUGCAUUUGCCAUAACAGACACGAAGGCCAAGAUGUGUGUGUCGAAUAUACUGUUUGUUGCUUCGCUGGUGUAUCCUAGGAUGUAUUUUGUAUGCUAUGGGUUUUCGAUUGCAACAGUAUACACCUCGAUAGGAAGCCUGUGUCUGGGAAAGACGAGAGACGAUGGGCUAAGGAUGGGGAUCGUUGCUGAGUCGAUUGGUUUGUUUGUGUCUUUGUGCUAUACGAUCAGUCCCGUGGUUUCAUUAUUUAUGGCAAUCGCGCAGUUUGCCAACAUUUACUACCUGGAUCGUCCUCCUGUAGAAAGCCAAGACCAUGGCCAAGCGUACAGCAGGAUGAACAAGCUUUUCAAGGGAGCGUCGUUUACAGACAAAGCAAGCGAGUACAAGGCAAUAGUUGGCAAGGAGAACGAUGUGCUGAUGCUCAAGGCCGACUUUCUAAUGCCUGUGGUGAUGAGUAGCUUGCCUGAUUCAUUGAAGGCGGCGGUGUGUUGCACGUCGUUUGUGUUUAUCAAGAAAUCGUAUUGGAUGUGCUUUGUGAUGUAUUCGUUUGUUAUUUUGUCAUCUAGAUGGAUGUGUGCGGUUCUUGCGUUUUUCUGUGAUUUUGUUCCUGGACACCCUGUGUAUCGACUGGUGAGUGUACAGGUUCUGCACGUAGCAUUGAAGGGAUAG